CCCCGCCUUCCUUCUCCUGUAGGGUACUGCCUGUAUAUUUAGUAGUCUGGAGCUGCUACUGUCAUAGCCUGAUGGGAUCCAUGUAAUCUGUUGAGGUUUAGAGUUAGAGUUGUAGAGUGGGAGUCUGGGGUUAUUUAAACCUUCACAGAUCUAUAGGAGUGGAUUUAUAACUGUAACAGAUCUGAAUUUCACAGUUCAGGCUCUGCGCCAUCGUUAAUGUUUUGAUACCCAGCCUAAAGUAAGUACAGAGUUACUGUACCCGCAGCUGGGGGAGUUAUUAGUGUAACAGCAUGUCUGCGGCUGGGGCUGAGGGUGGGGCAGAUGGUGGGUCGGCGGUAUCGGACCCUCAGCACUCUCAGAAGCUCCUGAGAGCUCUCCGCUCGUUCAGGCAGGAGGGCAGCUUUCAGGACGCUGUGUUGGUGCUGGAGGGAGAGGAGAUCCCAGUUCAGAAGAAUAUUCUGGCUGCUGCGAGUCCGUACAUCAGGACCAAGCUAAAUUACAACCCACCCAAGGAAGACGGAUCUGUGUACAAAAUUGAGCUGCAGGGCAUCUCUGUCCUCAUCAUGAAGCAGAUCUUGGACUACAUAUUCAGUGGAGAGAUCACCCUAAAUGAGGACACUAUCCAGGAUGUGGUCCAGGCUGCUGACCUGCUGCUCCUCACGGACCUCAAGUCGUUGUGCUGCCAGUUCCUGGAGAGCUGCAUCACAGCUGAGAAUUGCAUCGGCAUACGACUGUUCUCCCUGCACUACUGCCUGCACCACGUCCACCAUGUGGCCACUGAGUACCUGCAGACGCACUUCAGAGAUGUAGCGGACACCGAGGAGUUCCGUGAGCUGCCACCUGAUCGGCUGUGUGAGCUCUUGUCCAUGGAGAAGCUCAACGUGGGAAAUGAGAAGCACGUACUGGAGGCGGUGGUCCGCUGGCUCGCCCACGACAUUGAGGCUAGACGGGUCCAUAUGAAGGAGGUGAUGUCUGCAGUGUGGGUGCAGGGUCUGGACCAGAGCUACCUGCAAGAACAAAUGCUGGGAGACCCCCUCAUGAGGGAGGUAAUCGGACAGUGCUGCAUGGAGCCCCUAGGAGGCGCAGCCCAGCAAGGAGAGGCAUUGCUUGCUGCCUUUAAGCCCCGCGGCUACUCUGAGUGCAUUGUCAUUGUAGGGGGAGAGGACAGAGCCACUCGAAAGCCCUCUGCGGUGACGCGCUGCAUGUGUCCCCUCUAUGACAGGAACCGGCAGUUGUGGAUUGAUCUGCAGCCCAUGAAUGAGAGGCGAAUUGGGCACGGCGUGGUAACUGCUGAUGGAUGCCUUUUUGCGAUUGGAGGAACGGAUGAAAACAAAACUGUCCUGUCUAGUGGAGAAAAAUAUGACCCAGAGACCAAUACCUGGACCCCAAUCCCAGCAAUGAAGCAGGCCAGGCGACACUUUGGUAUUGCUGAGCUGGAUGGGAUGAUCUAUGUGCUGGGUGGAGAAAAUGAAGACACUGAAGUUCUCCUUACCAUGGAAGUAUUUGACCCCCACUUUAAUACCUGGACCACCCAGACUAGUAUGACCACAGUCAGAAAGUUUAGCUGCUGCGCCACCAUGAAGAAGAAGCUUUUUGUGAUGGGAGGAGGAUCUUAUGGGAAGAUUUAUGACUCAGUGGAAUGCUAUGACCCCAAAACUCAGCAGUGGACUACACUGUGCCCUCUAAAGGAGAGGAGGUUUGGUGCUGUGGCGUGUGGAGUAGGUCAGGAGCUCUAUGUGUUUGGAGGAGUGAGAAGCAGGGAUGCUGAUAAUCCUGAGUCCAGUCAAAUGACCAUCUGCAAGUCUGAGUUCUUUCAUGACGAGUUGAAAAGAUGGGUGCUCCUCGAUGAUCAGAACCUGUGCAUACACACUACAUCAUCCUUUGUAUACGGUGCUGUUCCUAUUGGCGCAAGCAUAUAUGUAGUGGGAGAGCUCGACACAGGCACUAGUUAUGACUAUGUUCGAGAGUUCCGGCGCAGCACAGGCACUUGGCACCCUACGAGACCUCUCCUGCCAUCGGACCUGUGUAAGACUGGCUGUGCCGCCCUUCGCAUUGCUAAUUGCAAGCUGUUCCGACUGCAGCUCAAGCAGGGCCUUUUCAGGAUCCGAGUGCCAUCUACUUAAUCCACGAGCACAUUCAUGAUCCCUGCAUCUUCUCUCCAUUACCUGUUUGGAGGAAAGUUGCAUGUGGGGAUUGGGUAUUGCUGCAGCCUUGGCCGAAUCUGGAGAUUAGACUUAAAGAAUACUUAAGUUUGGGCUAUGGGGAGGUUUGGGCCUCUUUUGUUUACUUUGUUUUGAUGCCUUUUUGAGGAAACAUGCAUAGACCACCACAUUAUUGGUAGACCACCCUUUUAUUAAACUUAAAGGGAUUUGAGUGUCAUAGUUUUAUAAGGUAACUAUUCAAGCUGCUUUUUAGUGUUAAUAGUGUGAUUGUAGUGGAGCUUUGGGUGUCGCUUGGUGCUGCUGGUCUUUAAUGGCCAGCAUUUAAAGCUUGUUUGCGAAAUUGUCUUUGCUUGACAAUUUUGAUCAUCUUUUUCUUUACAUAAAUGGAGUUAUGCAAUAGUUUUUGGACGUUUCUGAAGUUUAGGAGAAAGACCACGCCUGGUACUCCUCCCUCCAUGCGAAUGCUUGGCUAUUCUUCUUGUAUUCCCUAGGAUUCCAACAAACCCUCAAAAAGGGAGGGGUUGGUCUUCUGGUGAAAAGCAUAAGCUGCCCAGAAAUACCGCCUUAGUUCUUCUCCCUCUUUUUUAACAGUUUAUAGUCACAGUACAUGUUUUUCUGCACUUUUUCACUCUUGUUCGUUUUCAACCUUGGUGCGCUUUGUUUGGGCUGGUGUGAAUAGAGUAAUCUCAUUUGGAUGCGGACCAAAACAACCACAACGAGAAUCUUGAGAGGAGGUGGUCUCAGCCCAGUCUGAAAGGAGCACUGGGGCACUAAGUUUUUGGUGAGAAUGUACAGUUUCAGCUAAAUAGCUAUUUAAAUGCCAAAUGUUUUACCUUAUACAUGACCAAAAUAAUUACUACAGCAAUGAACAGUAUCCAUCUCUGCUAUUCUUCCAUGCUUAAAAGUGCACUAAUCCAGGUCACAGGACCUUUCUCCUGUAUUUACUUCCUUGCUCCCCCCACACAGGUCUAACCAAUGAGAGGGGAGAAAGUUCUCACGUUUUGUGCCCUUGUAAACUCUUUUAGUUUACAUAAUGAUUUAGUCGGUUUUCACAUCUGAAAGUCCAAUCCAGAGUCUGAACCAAGAUUCGGGCCAAUCUGUUACAUUAAAUACAUUUGCUCUGGAUAGUUUCGGUUUCAGCCAUUUAGUGCACUUUGCUGCAACCUGUCGUCAUCAACUAUGUGGGCUGUGUCUCCCUGCAACUUUCCUGUAACUGUUCCAAAAGUCUUGACCAUCCAGAGAAGUGCUUUUACACUCCAGAUGUCUCUCUCUCUGUGGUCUGACCUUUUUAACAUGUUUUUUUUUGUUUUCUUUUGUUUUUUUUUCAGAUUAAACUAAAAAGUCCAAAAGUCUGGGCUAAACAUGGUACUUAUGAAAGCACACUUACAAGUUCACACCAGAGCAAACAGAUUUUAGGUGUAAAAACACCUUUAAAUUUGAGUAUCCCAUCGAUAGGACUAUCAGAAAUGGUCAAGGAGAACGUUUGCCCAUGAAGAGAUAGUGUGUACAUUUUUACUGUAUAUGCAAAACUCAUGGGUACCCUCAUCAAAAUUUGCUUCUAUGGUACGGUGUACAAUUUACCUCACAUAGAGUUAAUUUCAUAUAAUAUUAAAACAUUAAAGAGGGGCUUAGGAUGCUUUUAGGAGCAUGUUUUAUGUUUACAGCUGGUAGAGUGGUCUCUUCAUCUACACAGAUUAAAAUCUUAUCUCCUCUAAGAUUCGUUACACUAAGAUAUAGAGUAGGUAUUCUAACGUGUUUAAGUCACUGUAUGAAUCUUGUGGUUGACCCUUAAACUGGCCUUCCACUCACUACAGACGGCUUUGGCAUCUGGCGACCCCAUUUGUUGUGUGCGUGUACCAGCUGCUGCUGUCCGUUCUAAUUGAAGGCCCAAACGUUACAAAUUCACUUCUGCAGAAACUCACCCACACAUGCUAGCAAAUCUGCAGGUUUGGAGGAAGUUGUAUAUUACUCAUAGUAUACACCUAUACUACCUUUUGUCUCCAUAUUUGACAGGCUUCACUGCAAUUAUAUAUAUAUAUAUAUAUAUAUAUAUAUAUAUAUAUAUAUAUAUAUAUAUAUAUAUAUAUAUAUAUAUAUAUAUAUAUAUAUAUAUAUACACCGUAUAUAUACGCUUGCUCAUAAUGACUACUACUAUCUGUGUUUUUUAAAUUAACAUUAAACCUCUGCCUUGUAAGCACCUCCUCUUCAUUGCACCACACUUCUAAAAAUAAAGUUGCAUUUAAUGGUUCCUUGAGGUAUACCAGAGAAAAGACACUUUUUGAGUUUAUAGAACCUUCUUUUAUGUAAGUCGUCAAUGGAAUUUUCGGCAAAUUGCCCACCACAUAGUCCAUCUAUCACGAACAUCAGUCACUGACCAUUAGUCAUGAAUUAAAAACCUGCACUACUACAUAAUGGCAUUUUUCAGCAGGAUAAUGCUUGCCCAUAAACAUCAAGGGUCUCCCAGAAUUUCAGUGUCUGUAAAUUACAAACAUAUCAGGCAUGGGUUGCUGUGGUAACAAGGUCGGCAUCAGUAAUUAACCUUUGGUGCUCUUUAUGGAAACCCUGUACUUCUGUCUCUCUGGAUUUAUGAAGGUCAUUGUUUGUCAUGUUGUGGGUCCGAUUUGAGUGUCCAGAGCAUCCAGACUGAGACGCAUCUGUACAAAUCUGAUUAUAUUUACAUUUCAAACCACCGGGAAGCAACAAGUCUGUUUUACUAUGUUUUCUGGCUGUUCAGACUAUCAAACAUUAAUCUGGAUACAAUUCAGAUAUUUUAAAAAUGUUUGGGCUGGCUUGUCAGUCUGGACAUAGCUAUCAACUGGUUAUACCAAUGGUUUAUGGUUCUUAAAUGGACCAAAAGUUCUGCUUCUAGGGUGUCAUUCAAAUAUCCACUUAAUGCACUUUAUUUUUUUAAUUGUGGAGCAUAGAACAAAUUUUUGGGCACACUACUGUAAAGUCAUUAUUAUAAUAACGGUAUUCAGUAACUGUACACAGAUUGGCUGCAGACUGAUGAAUUCUAGGAGUUUUGCAUGGACGUGCUUUAGAUAUGGUAAAAGUCUAUUAAGGUAACACAUCAUUCCCUUUGGGAAUUGGAACAUAUUGGUUAGGUAGGAAUGACUUCACCUUGAUCUUGAUUAUGUUCAUAUUCUAUGUGGUCAUGUCCGUUUACUCAGGUAUGUGCAUGAUAUGCACCUUUGAUUUAUCAACCUUGUGGCCUCAAUUGUGUGGGAUAACACUCUAAUCACGCUCCUGUUGAUUGUUAUUAUUAUUUGUAUUACUGUUAUUGCUAUUGUGGCUACAGAACGUUGUUUCUGCCUACAGCGGCCUCGGCUUUAAAUCUGACUCAUCUGUUAGUCGUUUUAUCAUCAUGCUGAUUGAUACGAACAGCAGCCAGUGGCUUAUUGUUUUCUUCCCUGGCUGAAGAUGCUGCAGUUAUCUAUAUGAAGAUAAACUCUGUGACGCACUUGGCCUUUUAUUAAUUAUGUGAUGUUAAGUACAGUGGUACUGUGACAGAUUAGCGACCAUGUUCAGGACUGUCAGUGUUAACAUGGACCAUUGGAAUGACAAGUAGACCCACAUUUUUUAAAUGAAAACACGGAUGUGCAAAAACUUCAGGUCUUUGUGCAAGUCUUCUAGUGCACUUUUAAAAAUAAAUGUGCUUCAGAUGGUUCCUUGAGGGAUCCUAUAGAAGAUCAUUUUAAAGGUCUAAAGAACCUUUUGAUGCCUUUUGAUUAGUCUGCAUUGCGCUACACUCUAAAAACAUAAAUUUCAGAUGGUUCCUGUCUAAAGAACCACCCUUGGUUCCACAAAGUCCCAUGCCUUUGAUCAGUGUGUGAUUUUGCACUACAGUCUUAACUAUAAUGGUGCUUCACAUGGUUCCUUGAGAAAUACCAUAGAAGAUCCUUUUAAAUGUCCUUUUAACAGUAACUUAAUAAAAAGAUUUGUUUUUACCAAUCCUUUGAGAGUGAGAAUGCCGAAAAGGAAUCAUCUUUGGUUCCAUAAUGAACCAUAUUGGUCUGUCUGUUUUAUUGCACUACAUUCCUUAAAAUAAUGGCGUUUUAGAUGGUUCCUUGAGGAAUUCACUUUUACUUAAUCUGCAAUUGAUUCAACAUGCCACUUUGUGGAACCAAAAAUAAUUGUUCUUCUAUGGUGUCCCUUAAACAACCAUCUAAAGCAUAUUUGUUUUGUGGAAGUUCUAAUAUACUCUGAAAAAGUAUAUUAUGACUUUAAUGGUCUUUUAUGGGACACCAUAGAAGAACCACUUUUGGUUUCACAAAUGCCCUGCUUGUAGUAGAUAUGAGUGGAAAAAGUACAAUCUUCAAAGGUCUAAAGAACUUUGAUGAAAAGGUCCUCCGCCAGUUAUAAAGGUUCUUUAUACGCUCACAUCUGUUAUAAGCAACAAUUCUAAAAUCAGUGGGCAUCUUUAAAACUAAAAUAUGUUUAAUAGACAAGUGACUGAAAUGGCAGGUUUUAAUUUUUAUUUUUGUGCUGACCCACUUUUAGUUCCAUGUUUGCAAUAGAGAAGGAGCUAAAGAAGCUUUGAUUGAAACACACAGAAUUUAUAUGGCAUCCCUCAAGGAACCAUUGUAUGCACACAUGAACACAUUAGUAUCCUCUAUUGGUUAUUUUGCCAUUCAGUCUUUCUUAAACUGACUGAAAAUUCUUUCUUUGUGUUCUAUGUCCACUAUUAUGCGAGGAUGCCUAGUACUGUAUAUGUAAAAUAAGACUAAUCAAGAGCACUUUACAGUAUGUAGCAGUAAAACACUGGAGUUGUUGUCUGCUUUGCACCUUUGUGACGACGGAAUACACGCCCAGCACUUAAACAUACAAUGUGUGUGCAUGUGCAAACACGAUAGCUAUCGACACACUCCACAUUCCAUCAUGUGCCAUUGUUUACAGUACACUGUGGGCUAUAGAGCCAGAGAUGUAUUCUCACACGACACCCAAACAAGCACCUUGAGAGAGAUGAAUUGCACAAUCAACAGUUUCUUUUGGGUCAAACUGAUUCCCUUAUAAAUCCCGUGUUGAUUGGAGAUGCUUGCUUCCUAGCCGAAACAUGAUUUAUUGUGAUCACUAACUUACACUUUUGUUACAUUGUUGCACAUGGUAAUAAAUGAUGCAUUAAGUAUUCCUAAAAUAUACAAGUUUCUUCAUGAAUGAUGGACUAUAAGGCAGGGUUUCUCAACCAGUGGGCCACGGACCACCAGUGGGCUGUGAAGCACUCUCUAGUGGUCCACAGUCCCAUUCUCAGGGGCAGUAGGCCAUAGGGUGCCGGAAACAAUGGAAAUGUAUUGCUGCCACGAAUAAUUAAAAAUAAAUUAUUAACAUGUCAUUAUUAUGCAAUUUUACAAUUUACAAAAUUACUAUGAGAUCACUACUAUGAGAUAUAUUCUAAUAUUAUUACAAAAUAUAUAUGUCAUCUAUUAAUUCUGAUUAUGCUAUCUCAUAAUUAUGAAAUCUUUAUUUCUUAAUUACAACAUAAUAUUUCAUAAUAAUGACAUUUGUUCUUAUUUACUUGGCAGCAACAUGCUUUUGUAGGGAACAGCAAAAAACAGUAACUUAGUAUAAAUAAAAAAUAAAGAGAUUAGUCAUGUUUAGAAAAUAUAUUUACAUACAUUUUUAUAGAAAUGCACAAAUAAAAACUAAGAAAUCAAACAGACCAACUCAAGCAGGCCCUAAUUCUCAAAUUGUCAGUGUCAGGAUUUUGAGAAAUAAAAUAUAAAAAUAACAAUUUUACAUACAUAUUUUCCUUUCUAGUGAUACUCAUAUGGGCUGUAAGGUGAACAAGGUUGAGAACCCCUGUUCUAAAGGAUGUAAGGUAAACUGUCACUUUGAAUGUUUCACCUUUUUAUUUGUUAUUUGUAUCUAAUCAAUGACACUAAGAAUAAAAAUGCAGAAUUGAAAUGGA